GUUCGUCGGAGCAGUUAGCAGGGUUGCUGCUUGUAGGGUCAUAGAUCGUCCGUUCGCAUAUUGGCUGAGAAUGGAUAAAAAAAGAAGGAUUAGAUUGAAAAUAUGCGGUAUAGUGAUCGAGUGUUAGUUGGGGUCUUUCUAAGGAGUGCGUGGGGUAGCGGCGGGUCGUCAGCCGCACCAUAAGAAAUGCCGUGAUGGCAAGAGAGGAGUCCCGCGGAAAGAGACCCUUCAAGCUAUGGGACGGGCGGCGUAGCGUGCGCAAGGGUCUGGUGGUGGGGAGUUUGGAAGAACUGGUGCAGCGCGGACGGGACAAGCUCGGUGUAUCCGUUGGGGAGUCUGUACGCCUCGUUCUUGAAAGUGACGGUACCCAGGUAGAAGACGCAGAGUAUUUCCGCACGCUUCCAGCUAACACCGUGCUGCUUUUGUUACGACACGGAGAACGUUGGCUACCAGCUGGUGUUGAUGUAAUACGUGCAGUAGCGAUCUCUGCAAUACCAAGGAUCGUAUGCGAAACCAUACACGCGUUGGAGCUGCACGAUGAAACACCCUCUUGGAAGAUCAUGGACAACAAAGGGCGGGUUACAGUGGUGCUGCACUGGGACCAGAGAUCGGGUCCAUCGAGGGCUUCUUCCUCGGAGACACCGUCACCUGGACCGGGGAAGUUUUCACCUAGCAAGCGACCGUCGCUGGUGAUCCAGACCUCCUCCGUCGGUAAAAAGGAGACGCUCAUCAACGACGUGUAUUCGCAACAGCCUCAAGCCCGGUAUCCGAGUCCCCAAAUUACUGUGAUAAACCAUGACGAGGUAAAACUGCCACCUCUGCACCGGUUACCGAAGCAGGGUAGCUCCGUUGAAAGCGGUACCAUCCACAUUCACACACCGGAGUGUGCUCAUCAUGCUCAUCAGCCUCGAGCCGGAAGCCCGCAAAGUAACGGCGCCAUCGAAUGCGACUUCCAUUGUUGCGCUCUUCACGAAGAGGGUCGCAAGAUAGCUGUACAUAAGAGCGUAGCGACAUCGCCGAUUCAAGAUGCUCAGCAGCAAACGUCGCCGCAACCACCUUCUAGACACGUCCGUUUUUUAGACGUGGAAGGUCGGCAUUCAGCCGCUGAGCAUGAAAGUUCUGAGAGUGAAACCGAAAAUACAGUUAUGGAAGAUGAAGCUAUAACUUCGGAAAAGUUCCUGUUGCUAAUAGAUCAGCUGAGUGUUGACCAAAAGCGACAUUUGAGUAUUAAAGAUAUCGGUAUCAUUCUUGAACGGCUCAGUUCGAAAAUCCUGGAUGUCGAACGUUUAGAUAGAGAAAGUGAAAGCGACGAUUGUUAUAACUGGACCAUAAAGGCGACGAUUCGAGGUGAUGUUCUUAGGGAAUUGGGUGUCAUAUAUAACGGAAAUUAUUACGCUAUAUCGGAGCAUCCCGGUUACAAGGAGGAAAAUGAGGGAGGAGGCGAAGAAGUCGAAGAGGAGGAGGAAGAAGAGGACAGGCUGUGAGGUUUGGUGCAGUUGGACCUUUAUGCUAAUCUACUGCCAAUUUUGUGUCAAAGCGCACAAAAAGACAGACAAACUACAUUAGUAAUAAUAAAAAGAAGAAACAGGUGCCGCGUUAUCACAUAUCGCAUGUGCACGGCGCGGAUCUUGUACCUCUACCCUAGUGGCGUGCGAUCGUUACGCUGUCCGUGGAUGUGCAUUUUGAGUCGCCCCUGGACAACGACACUAGGGCUGACAAUCGAUGAUCGAUUGGAUAUUUGUUCGAUGAUAACGGGUUUUCAUCAACUCUUUUCAUCCAUGUUUUGUAUAGGUUCUGUUAAUCAUGUAAAAUCAUUUAUAAAUAAAUACAACUAUCGCUUACAUAGCUGUUGUUUGUUGUUGGUGGUCCAUCACGGAUGGAUCCUACAAUCGUUCAGCCCUAGGGUGCUCCGUGAACGCGAUAAAUCGACCUUUGAGCGUACCAGAAACUUUUCGUCGUUUACUGGAACGCGUUAUACCGAGGUCUUAAAUUGUAAUUGCUUUUUACUUUUUAUAAUUCUGUGGAAUGUGCCAUGCUAUUAUAUUCGAAGAUCGUUAUUUUUAAGACAUGAUAGUCGGCGUAAUAAGAUAUUUAUGAAUUGUUUAGGAUACUUGAAAAUAAAAAUAAUAAUUUAUACAUGGACUCGUUAACGAUAAUUGUAUAUUUUGCUCAAGAAUAUGUAACUAUAACUACUUUGUAUUUGUUUGACGAAUGUGUUAUAUACAAGAAUUUUAUCUGAGUUACAGAUAUUUUUCAUGAACAUGGAAAGAACUGUAGGUCUAUAUUAGAUAAAAUUAUAUAAAAUUAACAAAUCAAUUGAAAACUACUUUCGCUUUAAGAAAUAGACGUUCCGAUUUUCGUAUUUGCUUGGGUCCGUAUUUCCUAAAACGACUGUAGACAUAUUGGCGUUUAUAAAUAACACUAUUAGUACAUUUAUAUGAAUAUAUCCAAUACUGAUGCAGAUGGAAAGGGCAUGAUUGUUGUCCAUCACAUUUGUAUAAUGUUCUAAAAAAUCUUGAUUAACACUGCCAGUAUGUAAAAAUAAAAUAAAGUACUCAUGUACAUAAUUUUGUUGUGUUCAUCAAGUAAACACUGAAGAUUAAACAAAUC